GGCCUGUUUACUUGCGCCGUGCUUGUGUGAAAGCGCGCCAACAUAAUAACCCAUUGGUUUUACAUAUCGAGUACACAAUUUAAUAAUUUUUGCAGAAUAUGGCAUCCACAGACAAGAAACAGUCAAGGAAUUUGCCGUGGGUUGAGAAGUACCGGCCGCAGACGUUGGAUGACCUCAUCUCACACCAAGACAUUCUAACUACAAUUCGGAAGUUUAUUAGUGAGGACCGGUUGCCUCAUCUCCUGUUCUACGGACCUCCUGGCACUGGGAAGACCUCCACCAUCCUGGCUUGUGCCAGGCAGCUCUACAAGGAUAAGGAAUUUAACUCUAUGGUUCUUGAGCUCAAUGCAUCGGACGACAGAGGGAUCGAUGUUGUACGAGGGCCUGUCCUGAGUUUUGCCAGCACCAGGACCAUUUUCAAGAAAGGCUUCAAGUUGGUUAUCCUAGACGAAGCUGACGCCAUGACCCAAGAUGCCCAGAAUGCUUUGAGGAGAGUCAUCGAGAAGUUCACGGAAAACACCAGAUUCUGCCUGAUCUGCAACUACCUGUCCAAGAUCAUCCCUGCCCUGCAGUCCCGAUGCACCCGCUUCCGCUUUGGACCGCUGUCCCAGGACCAGAUGAUUCCCCGGCUGGAGCACGUCAUCCAGCAGGAGAACAUCAAUGUCACCCCAGACGGAAUGAAGGCCAUUGUGACCCUGUCCACGGGAGACAUGAGGCGGUCCCUGAACAUCUUACAGAGCACCAGUAUGGCAUAUGGGAAAGUCACUGAGGACACUGUGUACACCUGCACCGGCCAUCCUCUCAAGUCUGACAUCGCAAACAUCCUUGACUGGUCCUUGAACAAGGACUUUACCACCGCGUACAAUCAAAUCCUGCGGCUGAAAACGCUGAAGGGCUUGGCUCUGCAUGACAUUUUGACAGAAGUGCAUCUGCUCAUACACAGAGUUGACUUCCCGCCAUCAAUUCGAAUGGGCCUGCUCAUCAAGUUGGCAGACAUUGAGUACAGGCUAGCGUCUGGGACCAGCGAGAGGAUUCAGCUGAGCUCUAUGGUUGCGGCCUUCCAGGCUGUGAGGGAUAUUGUAGUGAGCGACAGCUAGACUCCUGCGCCGUCUCAUAAUUCUUGAACUUCACGACGAAGCUGCUUUAAUUUCACCACAGCGACCAACUGAAAGGGGGAAAAGUCCGAGUAAACUCUCCCAGCCCAGCCUCAGCUCUUAAAAAGUACAAUUAAACUCAACAGUGGUUACUGGAGACAAAUGUAUGUAUAUCCAUACAAAUUCAAAUGUGGCUUCUCUGAAUGUAAAUAUAAAUAAAUGCUUUGAAAUUAA